AUGAGGCCACACGGCCUGAAAGAUCAGAUGGCGACUUACCCAAUAUGGCGGAUGACACAUGUUCAGGCCUUCACAGUGAUGAUCCAAGAUAUCUGCUGCCUUCUGGAAAAAAAAGAACAUCAGCGGACUAGUGCUCCCUCACAUCGACGAGCACCACUACGCUCCCCUCAAGAAAUCGUGUAUCCGGCAGUCAGGAGGGUCCCAAGAUGGCGCCCAUCACGCCUGCUCAAGAUAUCACAGAGACAGAACCUGUUGAAACCGGAGCAUGCAGAAUGUGGAAAGCCUGACAAACCGGAGGGGAACCACACCCUAUCACUCCACAAGAAUGCCAGGGACACACAUGUCAUGGGAGACAUUCGUUCUACGGAAUCCAAACAAGUCCCAUUAGAUGUGUGCUGA